GCAGAGCUCAGGGUUUUUUUCCCCCCUCUGCUGCUUCAAAGUAAUUUUCCUUUCUCUUGUAGUUGGGAAGACCUCCCUGAUCACCAGGUUCAUGUAUGACAGUUUUGACAAUACUUACCAGGCAACCAUUGGGAUUGAUUUCCUGUCCAAAACGAUGUACCUGGAGGAUCGCACGAUCAGGCUGCAGCUGUGGGACACAGCCGAGAGGUUCCUCAGCCUCAUUCCCAGCUCCAUCCGUGGCUCUGCUGUGACUCUCAUUGUCUUUGACAUCACAAGUAGGUACUGGGCUGGAG